AUGAACCAGAAGAUGACCCAACUCACCUUCGAUUUGAAGAACGAGUGGGAGAAGAAAACCGACAACGCCAUCCGUCGACGAAACAUUCAAAACAGAGUCAAUGCGAAGCUAUUUGAGCAUGAACUUGCUCUUGAAGAACGCAAAAAUCGCCUAAGCGAUAUUUUGACGGAGGAAGAGUCGAACUUUGACAAGGAACUUCAAGACCAUCUGAAUGGAGAAACAAAAGUUGAGAAGCUCGCACGCAUGCGAGCGCGCGCCAAGGAACUCGCCGAAAAGCGAGAAGCCGAAAGACUCAAAAUUGUGGAAGAGAAAGAAGAACAACGAUGGCGAGGAGAAUGCGAAGAACUGCGCGAAGUGAUGUCCCGCCGACACCAAGACGAAGUCUGCACAGCGCGCAAGCACCAGAUUCAAAUCAAAGCGCAGCUCCACAAGGACCACCUCGAAGAAGAAAAGCUUUACACUCGUCUGUGGCGCGAAGACGAGCUCGUCAAGCUUCACCGCGAGGAAACAGAAGCGAUGCAGCAUCACCAGGCGAACCAGCAAAACGUCGCCAUCCUCAAUAAACAGGUCGCGUUCAAGCUCGAAAGGCAGCGAGAAGCCGAUAGAGAGAAAGAACGCGAAUUCCAAGAGCUCGAAGAAGAAAGAAAACAACGUCGAGAGGAAGACGAAGCUAAAUACAUCGAAAUGCUGCACAAGCGACAAAACUUCAAAGAAGAGCUUCUCCACCAUCGAGACAUCCGCGCAAAGCGAGACGAGCGCAAGAGAAAAGAAGAAAUGAAACUCGACGCUAAGAUCGUCCGAGAAGCCUCCAAAGCGCUUGAUGACGAAAAUCAUUUCGCGGCUGAGCUCCGCGACCAGAGAAUCUCAUAUGAGAAGGAGUACCGCGAAUAUCUUCGACAACUUCGACAAGAGGAGGCUGAGCGAGAAGCUGAAAUCGACCGACUUUACAUCGAGGACCAACGCCGGGAGUGGGAAAUGAAGUCGGCCAAGCAACGAGAUCAGAACGCCGCUCGCUCGAAACUCCUGAGCGAAGUGAUGCAAAUACGGGAACAGCAGCUCAACCACAAGGCUGCAGUGAGGAGAGAAGAAAUCGAAGCUAAGCGGGAAGAGCGCGGCCGUGUUAUCGCCGAUGUCGAAGCCUUCAAAAAAGAAGAAAUCGAAAGAAAAGAGAGAAUUUCAGAACAAAACCGCUAUUUCAAGAACUACCAAAUGGAGCAGGCAGAGCGUCUUCGCGAAGUUAAACAGGCUGAAGCUGAACAAGUUGAGAGGGACCACGCAGAAGAGCUCGCACGGAUCGCUGCCAAUCACGAGCGCGUCCGUAGAGCAGUCGAAAAGCUCUAA